CAGGCCUCUCUGCUCAAGGGAGCUUUCAAGCCCAUCCCUCCAUCGAAAGUGAAGCAGAGAUUCUCUCCUGAAAUGAGUCAGAGGACUCUGCUCUGCCCUGUACCUUGGACAUGUUAAUGCCUUCCUUUCUCACGAAUCUGACAUGCCAUUGGGAGCUAGGCUGGCCAGGAACAAAUUCUCCUGAUCCAAAGGAAGACCCAUCUGGGACCUAAACCAAGGAGGGAGGCUGCUGAGGAAGGUUCUUUCCCGAGGUCCGUGGGGGGGGGCGGGGGCGGCGGGUGCGUUUCUCACCUCUUGAUCUUGGUCAUUCUGCAGCUCUGAGGAGUGAGCACCUGAACCAUGUUGUCACACGAGGAGAGUUUCCUGGUAUUCCAGCCUCUGGUCCAUGAGCAGCCCGGCUCCCCCCAGGGACCCAAUGAGGAGGGCCAGCCAAGGGUCCCGGAGGACAGGAGCCUCCGCAAAGCCUUCCUUAGCAAGGUGAUCCUGGUGCUGGUCACCCAGUGGGCUGUGACUUUAGCCUUUGUGCUCAUCUGCACUCUUGUGAAGCACACAAAGAAACUUCUGUUGGCCCACAUCUGGCUGGCUGGCGUCCCUGUGGUGGGCUUCUUGUUUUCUGCCCUCUCCUUGCUGUGCUGUGGAGACUCCUUCCGGUGCAAGCGGCCCUGGAGAUUCGUUGUGCUGGCCAUCCUGACCAUGGGCUUCUCCUGGUGGUUGGGAAUGAAGUCUGUCUUCUACAAGAAGGAGUUUGCCUUCAUCCCCCUGGGCAUCACUGCCGUCAUCUGCCUCUUUGCUGUGAUCUUCUCCAUCAAGAUCAAGUGCGACUUCACCUCACACAUAGUGGUGCUGCUUGUCUGGGUUUCCAUCUUGUCACUGAUCCAGAGUUUUACCUGGCCCCUCAAAGUGCUCAUUCUGAAGAUUGGCUUGGCCCUCCUUGAUGCCCUCAUCUUCACCUGGUUCCUGGUGGUGGAAACGCAGUUGCUCCUGGGGAACAAGCUGGUGGCCUUCAGCCAUGAGGAGUAUGUCUUGGCAGCCCUCCUCCUGUACAUGGACACUUAUCUUCUCUACACUGCCAUUAGGAGGAUUAGUGUCCAAGAAAGAUACGUCCGAGAAUGUCCGAGAAAGAUAUGGCCGCAGGCACCAGGCGACAACAGGGAAACGAUGGCGGCGGCUAGUGGGACCAUGGCGGCCGCGGCCGCGGCGGAGUGA